ACAGUGGAUUCGGAUCGUCACAGUACAACACGUGAGAUCGCAGAGAAGCUCCAUGUAUCACAUACAUGCAUUGAAAAUCACUUAAAACAGCUUGGCUAUGUUCAAAAACUUGAUACAUGGAAACGUAACGAAAAUGAUCCAUUUUUAAAACGACUGAUAACUGGCGAUGAAAAAUGGGUUGCUUACAACAAUUUCAAACGGAAAAGAGCGUGGAAUGGUGAAAAUUUCAAUAAUGAUGAUGAUGUCAAAUCGCACCUGAUUCAGUUUUUUGCUAAUAAAAACCAGAAGUUUUAUGAACGUGGGAUUAUGAUGCUGCCUGAAAGAUGGCAAAAGGUCAUUGAUAAAAAUGGGCAAUACAUUACAGAAUAA